CAACCGAUGCGAUCACAUCAGCCUGUCUGGGACCCGAAUUGACACCAGACACCCGCCCUGCAAACGCUUGGACAUGCCUGCGUUUCUCCAACUACUCCCUGAAAACGAUGGAGGUCAAUCUUAAAAUUUUGAAAAUUAUUUUGACAGUUAUUCUUACCCGAGAUGGUACAUUGCAUACUCUAAGAACAAACCUUCAUGGACAGGAUGGAUCCAGAUCGUUACGUAGGAGGCGGAUUUUUCUAUGUCGGAAGCAACUUAAGAGAAUAAGGGAGUCAAAAGUGCUAAAAAUGUAUCGUUUGCCGAGUGAAGCUAUAGUUCACCUGUACCAGAAAAUUAAAAGGGAUAUAUCCCCAAAAACAAAGAGAAGUCAUGCCAUUUUGGGAAUAACUAAAUUACUGGCCACUCUUCAGUUUCUUGCCUCAGGAUCCUAUCAAUACAUUAUUUCAGACUUAGGAGGGGUUAGCCAGGCGUCUUUUUCACGGUUUUUCUGUAAGGUACUGGAUGCCAUCUUGAAACAUUGUGCAGAAUACAUCCAUUUUCCUAAUUCCAACGCAGGGUGGAUAGCCCUUAAAAAGGGUUUUUAUAACAUUAAAGGGUUUCCCAAUGUUGUUGGAGCCAUUGACUGCACGCAUGUACCAUUCACUCCCUCACAGGAUAUGGAGGAGGUUACACGGAAUCGAAAGCAAUUUAAUUCUAUGAACUGUCAAGCAAUAUGUGAUCAUAAUACUAGAUUUAUGAACGUGUUUGCUGCUUACCCGGGCUCAACUCAUGAUGCUUACAUCCUUCGGAAUUCAAAUAUAUUCCAAAAGUUUGAAAACUUGGAUUUCCCAGAUGGGUGGUUACUCGGUGACUCUGGAUAUGGAUGUAGGCCCUGGCUAAUGACUCCUUUCCGAAAUCCUAAAGGAAGAGCUGAAAAAAAAUAUAACAGGGCUCAUAUUCUCACAAGAGGAGUGAUUGAAAGGUCUUUUGGCCUAUUAAAGAGCAGAUUUCGUUGCCUUGCCAAAACGCGUGGUGCACUCCAGUAUUCUGCUGCCAAAAUGUGUAAAAUGUUUAUUGUCUGUUGUAUUUUACACAAUAUGUGUUUAGAUUAUAAAGUUGACAUGGAUGAUACCAAAAUAGCUCCUGAACCGUGCUGUUCAUUUGAAAAGGAGGUAAAUGAACUUGUGACCCAAAAAGGCAAGAAAGUCCGUUCCAAUCUUGUUGAGAAUUGGUUUUCUAAGCGUUAGUUAGCACUCAUUGAGGCUUGGAACAUUUCUAGGCCAAAUUUAUUAAGCCUGGUGAAGUGAUAACAUCGAAGGUGAUGACGCACCAGCCAAUCAGCUCCUAACUCCCGUUUUUCAAACCCAGCCUGUGACAUGGUAGUUAAGUGCUGUUUGACUGGCACUUUUUCACCUCACCAGACUUCUUAAAUAUGCCACUCUGAUCUAAAUGUGCAUCUACAUUAUAAACGUACAUAAAAAUUGAGGGUUGUGACUGGGAAAAGUUGUUGUAACAACCACAUGUAUCAUAGGACUAUUAGUUAAAUAGCUUGAGUUUAGGUUUAAUUUACUUAACUGAAAAAUCCCCCAGAGGUUUAGCCCUUAUUAUUUAAAAAUAUGCGCAGGAUGAGUUAUUUGAGCACAAAAACUGAACGUUGUUGGUAGAUAAUUAAUUAUACAUUCUCUACUUUAGUAGUUACAAAUGUAAUUUGAAAUGUCAGUUAAAAAGCAAAAAUAUAUAUGUAGCAAACAUACAUUUUUUAAUAAAAAAGGCAUGGAAGAGUUUAUUGCACUUAUAAUUUUUAUUUUCUCCAUCACACUGACAUUGUAAACAUCUGUCAUUACAUUUACAUGAGUAAUGUUACGGUUUUUUUCAACAGUUUGUGUUUGAAGAACAUUGUUAAACUUUGUGUAAACAGACAAUCUGUGUUAAUCACAUUAGUAAAAAAUCAAUAACAUAUAUUGCUUUGUGAUGUCUUUUUUGCACAUGUAUCGCUUUAACCUAUCUUUUGUACAUUAAAAAAAGUUUUUUUAUACUUAAACCACUGUUAACCAAGGUAAAUUAAGGAAUAUUAAACA